GGAAAGGUUUGACACUUGUACAAAAAUUUUGUACAGUGGAACCGGUACGAUUUUCCUAGGACUAACCAACACAUUCUUCACAUUUCAAUCAGGUGAUUCGAUGUGAGCAUAAGAAGUUAAUAACAAUUAAUCUCUAUUUGUUUCAAGUGGAGGGAAUUUCUAAACCAGAGGAAAGAGGUAGAAAGAACUUGAAGCUACGAACCUUGCCAAUGUGUCUAAUACAAGUUCCAUUCCCCAGUUAAGUUGAACAACUAAUUGGAAGAUCUAGUAUCCUUAUGGUAAAGACUCGAUGUCAUGAUAGGAAAUAGUUGGAAAUCAUUCUUGUAUUUGAUUUUUAGAUUGUAUACCACUGAGAUAUCAGUUGCUAAGGAUGUGAUAUUUUUUCUAAAAUUGGUUGUUAUAAACACCAGCAUCACCACCUAAAUUACAUGAUAGCAAGCAACUCAUAGAACAAGAAGAGGAGAUCACAAAAAUAAGAAGAAACUAGAUCAAACAAGAGUCACAGGUUUAACAUGUUCAAAAACUUGUUUACAUCUAUGGUUGUACUGUUGGAAGAGGAUUCUGUUAUGUCACCAUCAUUAUCUCACAUUAGUUGUGUUCAAAUGUUACACAACACCUUUUGAGAAAUGGUUUAUCACUUCUUUUAUGAAACAUGAAAAUCGGAGCAUUGUCACAUAAUAGAUGUUCCAUCAACCAAUUUGAUCUAAGAUAAAGAUUCACCUUUUAAAAUCUUAUUCCUAUUUAAUUUUUGUUUGAAACAAAAGUUGUAGGUUUAUGUUUUGUAUUAUUAGUUUUUUUGGACCUUUAACUCUCUUAUUCUACCUCAUAUUUUUGGAUUUUCUAGUGUGCCAGUUUACUGUUUGGUUUAACUUGUAAAAAUGAUUAAUGCCCUAUUGUAAAUCUAACUUAUAAAUAGAAUUCUUGUUUGAAACAAAAUUUGUAGGUUUUUAUUCAGUAUUAUUAGUUUUCCAGUUUUAUUAGAAGUUGAGCUUUUCCACCUUGCUAAUUAAUGUUUGGUUCAUUGUCCUAUUUACAUGAUAGGCUGAUAUGACUUGAUUAGCAAUAAGGCAAGAGAUGAAGAUGAUUUCUGUACUCAUUAUGUGUAUGAAGAUGAUGGAAACUAAGUUAUUUAUGCUUGUAUCGUUGGCAAUGAUCUUAGCUAUUAAAAAAAGGAGUGCUAGAUUGAGGAGUAGUAUAUCAUAUGCUUAUCAAGCAUUGUCUAGAUAUAAUAUUAGGUAUAUAAACUUAAAUGAGAUAAGUUUUCAUAGUGAUUAACAAUGUGUUGAUAACUGUAGGAUGGAUAGAAGGUCUUUAGCCAAAUUUUAUUAUUUGCUAAUGACUCAUGGAAAAUUGAAAGGAAACAGAAAUAUGUCAAUUAGUGAACUUGUAAUAUCUUUCUUCACAUUAUUGCACAUAAUGUGAAGAAUAGGAUUCUAAAACGCCAAAUAGCUAGAUCCAGUGAAACAAUUAGUAAGCAAUUUCAUUUAGUUUUGAACUAUGUUCCGCGGUUACACAAUAUUUUGCUUAAGAAGCCAGAACCAAUCCUAGAAAAUUACACGGAUGAGAGGUGGAAAUGGUUUAAGAUACAAGUAUAUACUUUCUAUAAUUUUAGUUUUUUAAUCAAUUUAAUGUGCAUAAUAAAAUAAUUGAAUUUUAUGAUACUUCUUUAAGUGUAGGGUUGUUUGGGAGCAUUAGAUGAGACUUAUAUUAAUGUCAAUGCACCAAUAGAUGAUAAACCUAGGUAUCGAACCAAAAAAGAUGAAAUUGCAACUAAUGUCUUGGGAGUAUGCACACCGAACAUGCAAUUUAGCUAUGUCUUACCAGAUUGGGAAGGAAAUGCGGUAGAUGGUAGAGUCUUAAGGGAUGCUAUUAGUAGGAGGAAUGACUUGAAGAUUCUCAAUGUAAUUAAGUUAUAAUUAUUGUAAAAUAAUAGUCACUUAUAAUAUCGUUAACAAAUAUUUGAUUUAUAUAUAUAUUAAUAUACCUGUUCACUUGUAAUAUAUAUAGGUUGUUAUUAUUUGUGUGAUGAUGGAUACACAAAUGGGAAAGAUUUUGGCACCAUAUAGAGGUCAAAGGUACCACUUGACUGAAUGGAGGCAAGGUUAUCAACCAGCGACAACCAAAGAAUAUUUUAAUAUGAAACACUCUCAAGCAAGAAAUUGCAUUGAGAGGUGGUUUGGCAUUUAAAAGCUAGAUGUGCUAAAUUGAGAGAUAACUCAUUUUAUUCUAUUAAGACUCAAUGUAGGAUUAUUUAUGUUUGUUGUAUUCUCCAUAAUUUCAUAAGGUACGAAAUGACAAUUGAUCUGAUAGAGAUUGAGCUUGAGUCAAAUGAAAGUGAUGAUGAUGAUGAUGAUGAUGAUGAUGAUGAUGAGUUGAUUAGCCAUUGUGAGACUAGUUCUGCUUGGACUGAAUGGAGAUACAAGCUUACAGAUGAUAUGUUCAUGAGUUGGCAGUCAUCAACUCAUUAAAUUUAAUAUUCUUUCAAUUUGGAUUUCAUUUUCAUGUAUUGAACUAUUUGAUUAUGUUGUAUUUGAGUUUCUUAUCCAUUUGAAUCAUUUGAACAAUUUGAUUAAGUUUGAACUAUUUGAUUAUAUCUGUAUUUUGUAUAUUAUUCAUUUGAACAAUUUGAUUAUUUUUAUGCAAGAACAAUGUAUUAUUUGGAUCAUUUAAUUUCAGUCUUCAAUGGAAGGAAAAGGCCAAAAGAUGCCAAAAGUAGUUGAAGAAGUAGAAAGUUCAAUGCCACCGAAGUUCAAAAGAAAAACUAUAAACACCAAACACUUGUGGACAAAACAAGAGAAUGUUGUAUUAAUUGACUGCCUUGUUGAGUUGAGCAAAGAUUCAGCUUGGAAGAGCGAGAAUGGUUUUCAAACUGGGUACUUGCUACAUUUGAAGAAACUCAUGGCUGCUAAAUUGCCAUCAAGCAAUUUGAAGGCUACCCCUCAUAUCGAGUCAAGGUACAAGUUACUAAAGAGACAGUUCUAUGCUAUUAAUGAGAUGUUGAAUCAUAGCAGUGAAUUUGGGUGGAACGAUGUUGAGAAGUGUAUCAUUACAACAAAAGAUAUCUUUGAUGAUUGGGUUAAGAGUCAUCUAGCUGCUAUUGGUUUAAGGAACAAAGAGUUCCCCCACCUUGAUGACUUGAUGUUUGUGUGGGGGAAAGACCGUGCCACAGGAGCUAAUGCAGAAACCCCAUAUGCUGCAGUAGAAGAAAUAAAUUUAUGUGAUGAAGAGAGUGACACGUUUGAGCAUGAAAAAGAUGAACAUACUGAAUGUCAAAAAGAUGAAGAAUCUGAUCAUGCCAACCAAGAAAUAAGGAAAUUUGAGACUCCAGAUUCAUCAAUUUGUCCAUCAAACAAGAAGUUAACCACUAGAAAAAGAAAAGGAAAGGCUGAUGAUGCUCUAGGUGACUUGAUGGGAGAGAUUCACAAGUAUGUUAUUGUUGUUACUGACGCUAAUGAGGAGAUGAAGGAAAUUUCCACCUACUUUAAGAAACAAAUCGAGAGUGGUGAUGGAAAAAUGAAGAUAUAUGAUGAGCUAAUAGAACUUUCUGAAUUCUCUGAGCAAGAAAUUAUGGAUGCCGGAGAGUAUAUUCUCAAGGAUGAACACAAAAUUGACAACUUCUUUGCAUUGCCAAAGGUAUUUAGAAGAAAUUGUGAUGAAGCAGCUCAAUGAGAUCCAUGCAAAAUGAAUUAAAUAUUUGAAUUAGGUUCUUGGUACUUAUGUUUUGAUAUACUUUGGAUUGAACUCGGAUGAAUUUUUUUUUUGGAUUGAACUCGGAUGAAUCUUUUUUUUGGAUUGAAUUUGGAUGUUAUUGGGUUGAACUUGAAGCAACUCAAUGUUAUUUCUGAAUUCUCUGAGCAAAAAAAUGUUGUCAUUUGGUCUUGAUGUUAUUACAUGGAAUAUUUGAUAGUGGACAAUUUGUUUGCUCUUUCAUGUUCUACUUGUUUAAUUUGCCAAUUGAUUUAUAUCUAAUGUAUAGUUAUGGUGGGCAUUUGUUUGCUUCAUGGUUUCUAGAAUUCAUUCCAGCUCCAAAUAGAUGUACUCUGUAUUUCAAUUUUUCUGGAUUGGUGGCACAAUUUUAUAGGCUUCACUUGCAUGGGUAUGAAUUUUUGUGAACGAGCUAAGGGCUAAAACUGUUGGAAGAUAUUAAUGUACUAUCUUCUUUUUUAAUAUAGUAGAAUUGCUGAGGUCAAAGAUCACCAGAGGAUAAGGGCACUGAAAGAGAUAUUUUAUGCAUUAGUUGUUGAAGAGUUUGUUGAAGCUGAUGUUUCCUUGGCCCCUGCUAUGUCUCAAUCUCUCUUUCAUUUUUAUCAAAUUUAUGCAUGUAACCUGCUCUCUUCUUGAAACAUAUUAUGAUAUAUUUUGAUAUGUAAG